UUUCAAAACAGACCACGAAAUAGAUGAAGUCGGUUUGUUUAUGUUAGCUCGCUAGCAAACCAUAACUUGUGUUCCACUAAAAUAGCGAAAAAUUUAGCUAGCUACACUAAAAUAACAUGUCUCAAGUGACUAGAUUACAAAUAGCAAUGGACGCGGAAGAAAUUGUUGCCCAACUUAACAGAAAAGAAUUGCGCAAGCAGCAGUUGAUAGAGUACUUAGCAGCAAAAGGAAGACUGAAGCCACCAAACCCAAAACCUUAUCUUCGAGAUGCCGUUAAAGCAAAGCAGAUCACCAUGUCUACCGUGAAGGAUGAUCUGGACCCGGGAAAAGAGAACCGGGGUCCAAAUGCUCUCAAGAUGAAAAAGAGAGUGGUGAAGGUUCAACCUCUGAUGGCCAACGCCGUUUCCCAAACCACAGGCACCUUCUGCAGUACCACCAACAAACAGAGCUCCGCCAACGGUCUCCUCUCUGCAACAUCGAGUACCGCACGUCUCAACGUGCUCAAAGGCAUUACAAAGCCUUCUGCGGUUGCCCCAAGUCACUCAACCAGCCUGAAGACGGCUCCAGCCAGAUCACAAUCCACUGUCCCUACCAAAAGAUGCCCAGGCACCACCAACCAACCCAGACCCCAGCCUAAUCCAACAGUUAAAGUCGGCAACACACGCCCUAGCUCAGCCAUACCCCUGGCAAGCGCUGGUAGAACACAUUCAGCCAACACAACCAGACCAAAGUCAAAUAUUACUGGGAAACCCGCUAACACUCUCCACACAGUCGGCACGCGGCCCAACACAGCCGGCACGCGGCCCAACACAGCCGGCACGCGGCCCAACACAGCCGGCACGCGGCCCAACACAGCCGGCACGCGGCCCAACACAGCCGGCACGCGGCCCAACACAGCCGGCACGCGGCCCAACACAGCCGGGACGCGGCCCAACACAGCCGGCACGCGGCCCAACACCGGUAGUGCCAGAAUGAGUCCGAGCACAUUGGUUAAAACCAAGACAAGUCUUGUGUCUGUCCAGAUGCAGCCUAGAAGCACCACCGUCCCUGCUCCAGCAUCAGUCUCCUUCACCCCCCUGGUCUUGAACAGAGCAUGCCCAAGCACCAGCCCAGUCCCAGCUGUGACCCAAAAGCCACCAGUUACUACUCAGAGGAGAACAAAUCCCUUCACUGGCGUGAGUGAGACUAACCAGAGGACAACUGCCUUGGCUGCGGACAAUGGGCAAAGGAGGAGCCAAGCUGUGAGCAGGACUGAUUCCAAACCACUCCCAGAGAGAUCCAGUAAACCAGCAGGGCAGAAACAACCUGUCACUGGACCUAAACCCAUCAUCCAAGGCCCUGCUGGUCCUGGGCACAAGACUGCAGCUUCGAAGCCAGGUGAUAUUCAGAGGGCUGGAUCACAGCACAGGGCCGAGGCUAGAGGAGCAGGAGCCAGCACUCGGAUAUGGAAGGCUGCCUCUCGAGCCUCCACCGGGAUAACAGGAAGCCAAUGGCAGAACACGGCUCUGAGUAGGGCCAUGCAUGCAGCUGUGGCUGCGAUGGGACAGAAAAGCAGCGCCGAGGAAAACCGAGACAUGGAGAGCGGGUCGGCAGACACCGACACCAAGAAUGAACCCAAUGCUCUAUCGCCCUCAUCAACAUCUCCGGCGUGUUGGCCUAGGCCUCACAGCAGCACAGCAAGUGGUGUGUGGAUCCCCCAGACGGUGCCUCGCUCUGCCAAAAAGUCCAGCCAUGGCCAGGAGGAGGUGGGGUGGGAGGCUGGUGUUGGCCUUAAGACACCCAGAGACCAGGCCAGGGUCGUGCCCAAGACCGAGGGUCGCAGGAAGAUGACAGCUGCCCAGGAAGAGAGAAUGCAGAAGCUCCAGGAAUGGCGUGAGAACAGGGGCAUCUCCUACAAGCGUCCCCCCAUGCCGGUGAGGCCUCCUCGGGUGCGGCGCACCUUGGCCAUUCCUCAGGCUUACUGGGACGGUAUGGAGGAGGAAGUUGAGGCCAGGUCUCUGGUUGAAGCUGUGGACCGGUGCCUGGCUGACUGCAUCAAACUGCUGAAUGAGGGCUGCCAGUCCUCCCAGGUGCAGGAGAUGCUGUCCACUGUGCCCAUGGCCGAGAAGUUUUCCAAGUACUGGAUCUGCCAGGCCCGUCUGAUGGAGCGCCAGGGCAACCUGGAGGUGCUGCCGCUGUUUGAAGAGGCUGUACGAGUGGUGUUAGAGCCAGUAGACGAGCUGCGGACUGUUGUGUUUGAGAUGCUGAAAAAGAAGGAAGAGACAAAAGGUCAGUCUCCCGUAACAUCGGCGCAGCAGGAUGACUUUAUGGAGCCUCACUCUACACCAGAACCCAUGGCCACACCCACAGCCGUCAAAGCCCUGAUCCGUGGUGACCGAGGAGGCUCGUCUGUGGUCAAGUACAAGAUCACCGCCACUCCAGGUGGUUUCAGGAGCCAGAAGAGGGAGUCGGCGGUGGCCCGCGUGUUGGACGGACAGGAGCUGAGAUUCUUCACGCCCGUCAGGCGCUCGGUGAGGAUCGAGAGGUCCGCGCUCUUCUACCCCGCCUCCCUGCAGGAGCACGACCUAUGUGUGGCCUCCUUCAAUGACCUGAUGGCCCAGCAGGAUGAGAGAGAGGGGGAAGGAGAGAGGGAGGGAGACAAAGAGGGGGGAGGCAGCGCCGGGCCCGUCCCAAACGGUCAUCUGUACGUGUACAGAGAGAACGGUGCGCUGAGAGACAAGGUCAACAUCCAGCUGGUCUACGCUGAGGAAGAAGACUAACGGGCUGUGUCCAAGUAGUGUAAAGUGGCUUCCUCUCCUGCUUUAGCCUGAUCUACCAGUACAGGUAUAGGGAGGUGCUGGAUAUGAUGCCCACUCACCAUCUGGGAAUGUAGCUUACACCUGUCCAGUUGUAUGUCCUUCAGUGCAUGGUCACAUUUCUUAGUGGCGAGCUGCAGUAAAACAAGGGUGAGUUUGUCAAUCUAAACUUUUCUGUACAGAAUCGUGCAGGAAGAGCAUGUCGAUCCAUCUGUCUGGGGGUCAUGCAUAGAUGGGUUUCCAACUCAACAGUUACUCAUUUGUAUGUCAAACCAAAAGCAUCCAUUGACUUUUUAGAUGGACUUUUGUUUUUUAAUGCAAACUGUGGUAAGGUUUUUUUUAAAGAUUGUACAUACAGUUGAAGUGGGAAGUUUACUUAAGUGUAAGUUGGAGUCAAAAAAAAAUGUUUUUCAGCCACUCCACAAAAUUCUUGUUAACAAACUAUAGUUUUGGCAAGUCAGU